AUGGAACAGGAGAAAUAUUUACCCGAGCUGAUGGCAGAGAAAGAUACCUUGGAUACCUCCUUUGUUCAUGCGAUGCGCCUUUUGGCUGAAGAAAUUGAAAAGUUCCAGAGUUCUGAUGAGAAAAAGGAGGAUGAAGAGAAAAAAUACCUUGAUGUCAUCAGCAACAAAAAUAUAAAGCUGUCAGAAAGAGUAUUGAUUCCUGUCAAACAGUAUCCAAAGUUUAAUUUUGUGGGCAAAUUGCUUGGACCAAGAGGAAAUUCCUUGAAAAGGUUACAAGAGGAAACAGGUGCAAAAAUGUCAAUCCUGGGGAAGGGUUCUAUGAGAGACAAAGCCAAGGAAGAAGAACUAAGGAAGAGUGGGGAAGCCAAAUACGCACACUUGAGUGAUGAACUACAUGUAUUAAUUGAAGUGUUUGCCCCACCCGGAGAAGCUUAUUCACGGAUGAGUCACGCCUUGGAAGAAAUUAAAAAAUUCCUCGUUCCAGACUAUAACGAUGAAAUCCGUCAAGAGCAAUUGAGAGAAUUAUCAUAUCUAAAUGGCUCAGAAGAGUCAACUCGUGGGCGAGCCAUGCGCGGAAGAGGGAUCCGGGUUCCUCCUGCAGCUCCUUCAAGGGGUCGUGGGAGUGCGAUUCCUCCUCCACCACCACCUGGACGAGGAGCUCAAGUACCAAGAGGAGCGCCUGCGACGCGUGGAGUACUCCCAGCCCCCCCUGUAGCCAGGGGGGUCCCAACCCCUCGAGCAAGAGGAGUUCCAGCAGUACCAGGUUACAGGCCACCCCCUCCGCCAGCACAUGAACCCUACGAAGAAUAUCCACAAAUAGCUCUGAGUCUGUUUGCAGAUACAUAUGCCAAAAAACAUGAAGGAUAUGAUGAUGGAUAUGGAGAUGAAUAUGAUGAACCAAUUUAUGAGGCCUAUGAUAAUAGCUAUACCACACAAACACAGAGUCUGCCCGAAUAUUAUGACUAUGGUCAUGGAACAAGUGAAGAUGCUUAUGACAGCUACGCACAAGAAGAGUGGGCCAUAAGCCGUCCCAGCCUAAAGGCACCACCUUCCAGGUCAACCAGAGGGGGUUACAGGGAACACCCCUAUGGUAGAUAUUGA